AUCACUACCACUUCUUCUUCCUCCUCUUCAAGUUUUGCCCUCUACCCAUAGCCAUAAUAAUGGAAGCUCCUUGUUGGCUUUCUCACGCAGCUUUAUGGGUCGCCAUUGCCACUCUCUCCCUCCUCCUCCUCUCCGGCCGCCGUCGAAAGCUCAAUUUGCCGCCGGGGCCUAAGCCAUGGCCCUUCAUCGGAAACCUCAACUUGAUCGGCCCUCUCCCCCACCACUCCAUCCAUCAACUCUCCAAAAAACAUGGCCCCAUAAUGCACCUCCGCUUCGGCUCCUUCCCCGUCGUCGUCGCAUCCUCCAUUGAGACGGCGAAGCUUUUCCUCAAAACCCAUGAUCUUAAUUUCAUUUCCCGCCCCAGACUCGCCGCGGGAAAGUACAUCGGUUACGAUUAUUCCGACAUCCUAUGGUGCCCAUACGGCCCUUAUUGGCGCCAAGCCCAAAAGAUUUGUGUAACGGAGCUUUUUUGCGCCAAGAGACUCGAUUCCUUGGAGUAUAUACGCAAGGAAGAAACCAAUGCUUUGCUUAAAGAAAUAUACAAAUUUUCUGGCAAAGGAAUCCAACUCAAGUACUAUUUGUUCACACAGAGUUUUAAUGUGAUAAGCAGGAUGGUGCUCGGAAAGAAGUAUUUGGAGCAGUCCAAAGAGUACUCUAUUUUCAGUCCCGAUGAGUUCAGAAAAAUGUUGGAGGAGCUGUUCUUUUUGCAUGGUGCGCUCAAUAUAGGAGAUUUCAUACCGUGGAUAGAUUUCUUGGAUUUGCAGGGCUACGUGAAGAGGAUGAAGGCAUUGUACAAGAAGUUCGAUAGAUUCUUGGAGCAUGUAUUAGAUGAACACAAUGGGAGGAGAAUGGGAGUUAGGGAUAAUUAUGUGGCCAAAGAUAUGGUAGAUGUUUUAUUGCAGUUGGCUGAUGAUCCUAAUCUUGAAGUCAAACUUGAAAGACAAGGAGUCAAGGCAAUUACACAGGAUCUUAUAGCAGCGGGAACUGAGAGCUCAGUUGUGACUAUAGAAUGGGCACUAUCAGAGCUUUUGAAAAGACCAGACAUUUUCAAGAAAACAACUUCAGAGCUUGACAAAGUGGUUGGGAGGGAAAGAUGGGUGGAAGAGAAAGACAUCGCUAACUUGCCUUACAUCAAUGCGAUUGUGAAGGAGACGAUGAGGCUGCAUCCUAUAGCACCAAUGUUGGUGCCUAGAUUGAGUCGAGAGGAUUGUCAAAUUGCAGGCUACGACAUAGCUAAAGGAACCAGAGUGCUUGUGAAUGUGUGGACGAUUGGAAGAGAUCCUGCAAUAUGGGAGAACCCAAAUGACUUUAUUCCAGAAAGAUUCUCUGGAAAGAGCAUUGAUGUGAAAGGUCAAGACUUUGAGCUUCUUCCACUUGGGUCCGGAAGGAGGAUGUGCCCUGGGUAUAAUCUUGGCCUAAAGGUUGUUCAAUCAAGUUUGGCCAAUCUAUUGCAUGGAUUUGUUUGGAAAUUGGAGGGAGAUACGAAGAAAGAAGAUUUGAACAUGGAUGAAACAUUUGGUCUUUCAACUCCCAAGAAAUUUCCACUUGUCGUGAUUGCUGAGCCUCGACUUCCUCCUCAUCUUUACUCACUGUGAUCAAGUAUUAUGCAAAUAUAUGUACUACAUUAAUAAAGAAUCAAUAGGUAUCUUUGCACCAACAUGAGAUUAAUUACUCAGUAAUAAUUGACAUAUGUCUUUGACCAAGAGGUCACAAAGUUCAAAUCCCGCAUUUCUACUAAGUUUUCUGUGAUAAAAAUGUACUUGGGUUAAAAUUUAAUUAUAAAUCAAUUCCCUUUAUUUAUAUUAA